ACGAAGGCGAAGGGGGCGGGGCGAAGGGGGCGAGCGCCUGGGCGCUUGCCUGGGACCCAAAAUGGCGGCGGGGAUGUACCUGGAGCAUUACCUGGACAGCAUCGAGAACCUCCCCUUUGAGCUCCAGAGAAACUUCCAACUCAUGCGAGAUUUGGACCAGCGGACAGAAGAUCUAAAGUCGGAGAUUGACAAAUUGGCCACAGAAUAUAUCAGCAAUGCACGGACGCUGACUUCGGAGGAGAAGCUGGGGCUCCUCAAGCAAAUCCAAGAGGCCUAUGGGAAGUGCAAGGAGUUUGGAGACGAUAAAGUGCAGCUGGCCAUGCAGACGUACGAGAUGGUGGACAAGCACAUACGCCGGUUGGACACGGACCUUGCCCGGUUUGAAGCCGACCUGAAGGAGAAGCAGAUUGAGUCGAGCGACUAUGACAGCUCCUCGAGCAAAGGCAAAAAGAAAGGCCGGGCCCAGAAGGAGAAGAAGGCCGCCCGGGCUCGCUCGAAGGGGAAGAACUCCGACGAGGAGGCGCCAAAGACGGCCCAGAAGAAGCUCAAAUUAGUCCGCACCAGCACAGAGUACGGGAUGCCAUCAGUGACCUUUGGGAACGUGCAUCCUUCCGACGUGCUGGACAUGCCCGUCGAUCCGAAUGAACCCACCUAUUGCCUGUGCCACCAGGUCUCCUACGGGGAGAUGAUCGGCUGCGACAACCCAGAUUGUUCCAUCGAGUGGUUCCAUUUUGCUUGCGUGGGACUGACGACCAAGCCAAGAGGGAAAUGGUUCUGCCCUCGUUGUUCCCAGGAGAGGAAAAAGAAGUAAACUUCCCCCAUCCCCUGAGGUCUGGAUACUGUUGUCAGAACACCCACCCCUGCCCUUGAG